AACGGGUAGUUCUCGGCCAGUCGUGGCGCUCCUGCGCACCUGCGCCGCGCGGGCCCAUGUGUCCGGUCCCCGUACCUCUCACCUGCGCGGACCGCGGCAAGGACGCCCGGGAGAGCCGGGAGCCCGGCGGAGAUGAACUCGGUGGUCUUUGAGGAUGUGGCCGUGGACUUCACUCUGGAGGAGUGGGCUUUGCUGGAUUCUGCUCAGAGGGAGCUCUACAGAGAUGUGAUGCUGGAAAACUUCAGAAACCUGGCCUCAGUGGAUGAUGAGACUCAAUUUAAGGCCAAUGGUUCAGUUUCUCAGCAGGAUAUUUAUGGGAAUAAAAUAUCCAAGGAGCAUAAAAUAUCAAAGUUCACUGGAAAUUAUUCCUUGGCCUCCGUCUUAGGAAAAAUUUGGGAAGAACUCAGCCUUGAAGAUCAGCACACAGAUCAAGGCAGACAUCUGAGAAAUCAUGUGGUGGAGAGACUCCAUGAAAGUAAUGAUCAAUGUGGGGAAGGCUUCAGUCAGACUCCAAAUCUUAACCUGUACCAGAAAACUCUUACUGGAGUAAAAAGGUAUGAAUGCAGUACAGAUGGAAAAGUCUUCACGCAUCAUCCAUCCCUCAAGAGUCACAUCGCUGUUUGCACUGGACACAAACCGUAUCAAUGUCAGGAAUGUGGGCAGGCCUACAGUUGUCGUUCACACCUAAGGACGCAUGUGAGAACCCACAGUGGAGAGAGACCCUAUGUGUGUAAAUUAUGUGGAAAAACUUUUCCUCGUACUUCUUCCCUCAACCGGCAUAUAAGGAUUCAUACUGCGGAGAAAAGCUAUGAAUGUCAGCAAUGUGGGAAAGCCUUCAUUGAUUUUUCAAGUCUUACUAGUCAUGUGAGAACUCACACUGGAGAGAAGCCAUAUAAAUGUAAGGAAUGUGGGAAAGCUUUCAGUUAUUCCUCAACUUUUCGAAGACACAUGAUAACACACACUGGAGAGAAGCCCUAUAAAUGUAUGGAAUGUGGGGAAGCCUUCAGUUAUUCCUCAACUUUUCGAAGACACAUGAUAUCGCACACUGGGGAGACACCACAUAAAUGUAAGGAAUGUGGGGAAGCCUUCAGUUAUUCCUCGGCUUUUCGAAGGCACAUGAUAACACACACGGGGGCGAAGCCCUAUGAAUGUAAACAGUGUGGGAAAACCUUCAUUUAUCUCCAAUCCUUUCGAAGGCAUGAAAGGAUUCACACUGGAGAGAAACCCUAUGAAUGCAAGCAAUGUGGAAAAGCCUUCAUUUAUCCCCAGUCAUUUCGAAGGCAUGAAAGGACGCAUGGUGGAGAAAAACCCUAUGAAUGUAACCAGUGUGGUAAGGCAUUCAGCCACCCCUCAUCCUUUCGAGGACACAUGAGAGUGCACACUGGAGAGAAACCUUACGAGUGCAGGCAGUGUGGAAAAACUUUCAACUGGCCCAUAUCCUUGCGAAAACAUACGAGAACACACACUAAAGAGAAACCCUACGAAUGUAAGCAAUGUGGGAAAGCCUUCAGUUUGUCUGCUUGCUGUCGAGAGCACGUGAGAAUGCAUCCUGGAGACAAAUCAUAUGAAUGCAAGCUCUGUGGGAAAGCUUUCAGUUGCCACAUCUCCUUACAAAGACACAUGAGAAGGCACACUGCCGAGAAGCUUUAUGAAUGCAAGCAAUGUGGGAAAGCCUUCAGCUGGCCUGAACUUUUGCAACAGCACGUGAGGACACACACUGCAGAGAAACCUUACGAAUGUAAGGAAUGUGGUAAAGUCUUCAAAUGGCCCUCAUCUUUACCAAUACAUAUGAGAAUGCACACUGGAGAGAAACCAUAUGAAUGUAAGCAGUGUGGAAAGGCCUUCAGUUUCCUCAUCCUUAAGAAGACAUGUGAGGAUACAUACUACCAAGAAACACUAUGUAUGUAACUCGGGAAAUCCUCCUGCAAAUGAAUUCAUGCACAGUGCUUCAGAAAAUUCACAUCAGGAGAGAAAUCUUACAAAAGUUGUAAACCUGGUAUUGCCUUUAUGAGUCCUUCAUCACUAAAGUGGACCCAUAGAGAGUGUAUUUCCAGUUCUUUUGCAAAUAAACAUUUAGAUGAAAAUUAACUGCUGAAGUACUCUUUUGGCUACAGUACGUAAAUUUUGCAGGAAGUGUUUUUUCUUAUGUUUUAGGAAAUAAAACAUUUAUCUUUACAGUUUGUUGGACUCAUGGGUGAUUUGAAGUGUAUUUUUAAUAUAUAAGUAGUUUUAAUACGUUAGUUCUUUAAAUUGUCUUUUAAGAGGUUAUUGGAACCAUGACACUGUGGUAUUUGUUUGGAUUUUCCUACUGGCUUAGUGUGGCAGAUUCUGGAUUGUCAACCAUUAUAUGUUUUCCACCAUGGAUUGAGAGAAUCUUUGUUUAUGUAGGCCAGUGGAGCCUUAUUCUGUUUUUCUUCUAAAUAGUUGGCAGAAAUUUGUAAUUAUGCAGAGUUCUUCCAAGUGUAUAGUCUCAUGUGAAUUGUUACUUUCAGCUUUUGCCCUUUGCUUUGUCCUUGCUUGUGAUAGCGAAUUAAACAGUGGGUUUUUACUUAA